AUCUGUUUAUCUGCACGUGUUAGCAUGUGAGAGACUGUUUACAUGGUACAAGCUUAACCGAUUCCUCUCAGAUUCGAGACACAACCUCCUCAACAGUCUUCUCUCUUAAAUGUCUCGGAGUCUUUCAGAGAGACUUUUCCUGUAGGUGUUUGUUUUUUUGUGGGGUUAUAUUUCUGCACUGGGUCCUGAUUUAUCGGGCAAAAAAGAAUGAGAAAGAUUCCACAGAGCAGCUGGAUGAAAUUCGGUCCGGCCGGGAGAGGCUCGUACGACUGGAUGGCAGGAUCGUCGACACCGCCUCCUGAGGAAAAACAACUGCAGGGUUACCAGUGGAACGAGCUUUUAAGUGACCAGGAUGCGAAGACUGAGCUUGUCCUCUACGUUGUGCUACCGUUGGUCUUGCUCUUCAUCUUCUGUCUGACAGCCUUCGUUGUCUACCAGAGGUGCAGCUCACGCAACAAGCUCGGUUUGGCCAACAUCAUCGCUCUGGACCUUCAGGAUGCGGACGGCGGCGCCGAGAUCCUCGCCUCGCUCACGGCCAACGCCGAGCGCCUGAACAGCACCAGCUCGGACACGUCUGACGGCGUUUUCCUCAUGGUCUACCUUCCGCCACCUUUUGAGGAAACCCUUACCAAGAUCACCCGCGCCGCCAGCCUGACCAGCGGCAAAGAUGUCGAAUCCAUAAAGAUGGAAGAUCUCGAGGCCAAACUGUGUCCUGAACUCAAAUCCAGAGGGCAGUAUGUGUAACGUGUUUCAAGAGAGGAAAACACUCCACUCUGAGACGGUGAUGAUCCAGGUACUUAUCCAGGGAAUAAAAAAAGUAAAUCACUGUAGAUCACAUCUGUGUCGCCAUCGUCAUCAGAUCAUGUUUUUCUUUACUCUGCUAAAAAAGAAGGCUUUAACUUCUCGCAAAGGGACAAGAAAGACAUUUAUUUCAUACCUCGCCAAACAAGUAGCGGCUAAAGAUAAAGAGAUGCGUGUUUAAUUGGUGAUCUUUAAAAGUGUGUUAAAGAAGAUAAACGUAUUGAUAAAAUUCACAUUUAAGGUACAUUAACACCAGUGUCUCCUCUGUGCUUGUGUAUGUUCUGUGUAAUCAUCAAAUACAAUCAUGUGGAAUUUAAAAUGAAUGUUGUUUGUGUUGGUUUGUUGAUUUUAUUGAUUUUUUUUUUUUUUGUAAAUUAAGUUCUGAAAACAUCAGCUCUAAUAUCAUCAUUUCAUCAAUCAUCAUUCAAACAAGUGGAACUGUCCCAGUGAGUUAUUCUGUCCCCUGAAUUUCCACUGAUUGUAAAGUAUUUCUAAUAAAUGUUUUUUUUAUU